AUGGACCCCCGGAGUCAGGCUUCUCAGAUACGGAAGCGUCAAAGGGAAGGCUCACCAGGUGGCAUCCAGACAGACGAUAGUCCACUACAAUCACCAUCAACUCAGUCUUUGCCCAAGGUCAGCUUGCCGCGCAUCACAACGGCAAAGCCUCGGCCCCGGCGAGCGAGCAGAGCUUGUAUUAGUUGCAGAGAGCAAAAGGCAAAAUGCACUGGGGGAUCCCCAUGUCGCAAGGAUCUCGAGCAGCGGUUGAAGGAAUUCUACCGUUUGCUGCGGCGCAUUCAACCGAGAGCCGAUGCCAAGGACCAGCCAUUGAUCGCUAAAGCUCUGGAAAAGGAGACGCCGCCUGCGAGUCUCAGCCCGAGCAGCGAUCUAUCCAUCGACGCUAUUACCCGCCUCGUAACUCCGACCACCGAUCCCAUCGAAGAAGACUUCAACAAGGACAAGAUAAGUCAGGCGACAGGAUUCAUUGGUGCACACUCGGGUAGGUCAUGGUUGCAUCAAUUGAAGCGCAAAGGGCUCCGGUUGGACGCCUCAUGGUUAGGUCCAGAGACUCAAGACGACUUCUUUCCAGACUCGAUCAGUUCCGUCAAUUAUUUUCUAGAUGACGAGGAGCUCUCGGUUGAUCUUUCGGUGCAGUCAUUUACUAUCCCUGCGCAAGACGUCGCAGACGAACUUCUCGACACUUACUUUGACAUGGUGCAUCCUGGGUUCCCCAUUGUCGGCAAAACGGUAUUUCUACACCAGUAUCGACGGUUAUACUCCGAGCCUCAAUCCAAGCCACCAAAGAAAUGGCUGGCUAUUUUCAACUUGAUCCUUGCCAUUGCUGCGCAGCAUUUGAGCUUGACGUGUUUUGAUGAGGCCGACGAAUGGCACGACCCAUCGAUAUACUUCUCCCGGGGAAGCAAGCUGGGAUUGGCCGACACUCCUUUGAUUCCUCAUCCUGACAUUCAACAAGCCCAAAUCGAAGGACUUGCUGCAUUUUACCUGCUGAUCAUUGGCCAAGUGAAUAGGGCUUGGAGAAUAUCCGGUACGGCAACUCGUUCCGCUAUCGCUAUGGGUCUUCAUCUUAGGAGUGUUAGCAAGGAUACCUUGGAUAUCUCGAAAGAGCUUCGUUGUCGAGUCUGGUGGUCAAUCUUCGUCCUCGAAACUACUCUGUCAGUCAUGACGGGUCGGCCGUACAGUGUGGCAAAUCAGUUCUGCACGGCGCCGUUGCCCCUUCCCUUUGACGAGGACCAGUUUGGGGAUGCGUUUGUUGCUCGCUUGCUGGCGGAUGCCAACGCUCGACGUGCUCUCUCCAAAUCCCUGCUGUCGUCAACGGCUCCGGAUGCCGGAACCUAUCUUCCCGCCGUCAAGCCGUGCGCGUCGCUCUACUUUCUGUUCACCGUUGAACUCGCCCGGAUUAUGCGAUGCGCAAUCAACCUGCUGUACGCUCCGGCAACCACCAGGUCGAGCAGCUAUUCGGUGGAAAAAGCCCUUGAGGACCUUAUUUCGACCAUGAAUUCCCUGCAAAGAAGGCUGCCCGAGCCAUUCCAGUUCAGCCGCCCUCGGGAGGACCCGGCAUUUGAGACGCAGCGAUGGUGUCUCGCUUUUCAGUUCUACAGCGCAAAAAUGACCAUUGCCCGCAUCGCCAUUUACCGAUGGGAGCGAAGUGGUCAAGCUACGAGCUCUAGAUGGAAGGAGAUGUCGGAAAUCUGCACCAAUGCGGCCUGCAAUAUGCUCUCGCAGUUGCCUAAUGAGCCGGACAUUAUCUGGCUGAGUCGCAUUGCUCCCUGGUGCUGGAUCUUGCAUGAUCUCAUGCAAGCCCUCACUGUGCUGUUAAUCGAGUUGGACUCUCGCAUGAGGCACGGAGCCAAGGAUACAGAGCUAAUUUCAAGAUACAUACAGAAAGGCAUGCACUGGCUUUUAGCCAUGGCUUCUCGGCAUCCUGCUUCAGAGCGAGCGUGGCAGAUCUGUCAACAUCUCUACCUACGUCUUACUCCUGCCGCGAUGCCCUUGGCUCUUCGUAAUUGA